UCUGCUCGGUCCCAAGCAGCCGCCGCUGCCCCUUUGAUGUUUUGGUACGCCGUGCGCAUGCGCCUCACAUUAGAAUUACUGCACUGGGCAGACUAAGUUGGAUCUCCUCUCUUCAGUGAAACCCUCAAUCCCAUCAAAAACUAAAGGGAUGUGGAGAGUUCGGAAAAAGGGCUACUUUGGGAUUUGGUCGUUCCCCUUAAUAAUCGCCGCUGUCUGUGCGCAGAGUGUCAAUGACCCUAGUAAUAUGUCGCUGGUUAAAGAGACGGUGGAUAGACUCCUGAAAGGCUAUGACAUUCGUUUGAGACCAGAUUUUGGAGGUCCCCCAGUGGCCGUGGGAAUGAACAUUGACAUCGCCAGCAUUGAUAUGGUUUCUGAAGUCAAUAUGGAUUAUACCUUGACAAUGUACUUUCAGCAAGCCUGGAGAGAUAAGAGGCUGUCCUAUAACGUAAUACCUUUAAACUUGACUCUGGACAAUAGAGUGGCAGACCAGCUCUGGGUGCCCGAUACCUACUUCCUGAACGAUAAGAAGUCAUUUGUGCACGGAGUGACCGUGAAGAACCGCAUGAUCCGCCUGCAUCCAGAUGGGACGGUCCUUUAUGGCCUCAGAAUCACCACCACAGCUGCCUGCAUGAUGGACCUAAGGCGGUACCCACUGGAUGAACAGAACUGCACCUUGGAAAUUGAAAGCUAUGGAUAUACAACUGACGACAUUGAGUUUUACUGGCGUGGGGAUGACAACGCAGUAACAGGAGUAACAAAGAUUGAACUUCCACAGUUCUCUAUUGUAGAUUACAAACUUAUCACCAAGAAGGUUGUUUUUUCCACAGGUUCCUAUCCCAGGUUGUCCCUCAGCUUUAAGCUUAAGAGAAACAUUGGGUACUUUAUCCUGCAAACAUACAUGCCUUCCAUCCUGAUCACUAUCCUCUCCUGGGUCUCCUUCUGGAUUAACUAUGACGCUUCAGCUGCAAGAGUGGCAUUAGGAAUUACAACUGUUCUUACAAUGACCACGAUCAAUACCCACCUCCGGGAGACUCUCCCUAAAAUCCCCUAUGUGAAGGCCAUUGACAUGUACCUGAUGGGGUGCUUUGUCUUUGUUUUCAUGGCCCUUCUGGAAUAUGCUUUGGUCAACUACAUCUUCUUUGGGAGGGGACCCCAACGCCAAAAGAAAGCAGCCGAGAGGGCUGCUAGUGCCAACAAUGAGAAGAUGCGCCUGGAUGUCAACAAGAUUUUUUAUAAAGAUAUUAAACAAAAUGGGACCCAAUAUCGAUCCUUGUGGGACCCAACUGGAAACCUCUCCCCAACUAGACGGACUACCAAUUACGAUUUCUCUCUGUAUACGAUGGACCCCCAUGAGAACAUCUUACUGAGCACUCUUGAAAUAAAAAACGAAAUGGCCACAUCUGAGGCUGUGAUGGGACUUGGAGACCCCAGGAGCACAAUGCUGGCAUAUGAUGCCUCCAGCAUCCAGUAUCGGAAAGCUGGGUUGCCCAGGCAUAGUUUCGGCCGAAAUGCCCUGGAACGACACGUGGCACAAAAGAAGAGCCGCCUGCGGAGACGCGCCUCCCAGCUGAAAAUCACCAUCCCCGACUUGACUGAUGUGAAUGCCAUAGAUCGGUGGUCCCGCAUUUUCUUCCCAGUGGUUUUUUCCUUCUUCAACAUCGUCUAUUGGCUUUAUUACGUGAACUAAAACAUGGCCUUCCAUGGGAAGCAAGGACUAGAUUCCUCCUCAAACCAGUUGUACAACCUGACGUAGGACUUGGAAAACACAUCAAUCCAGGACAAAAGUGAUGCUAAAAUACCUUAGUUGCUGGCCUAUCCUGUGGUCCAUUUCAUACCAUUUGGGUUGCUUCUGCUAAGUAAUGAAUACACUAAGGUCCUUGUGGUUUUCCAGUUAAAAUGAAAGUGAUUUGUACACAUGCUGGCAAGAUUAAAUCUGAAUGUUCCACUUUAUCUGCUUAGUACGCAGCCUCUACAAAGGGGAAUUAUUUAGAAGACAUUCUUAGAAGGCUCAAUAACAUUGUCAGUCAUUUCGUUGAGAAGUGAUCAUAUCCAGAUACUUCCCCCUCUUUACUCCUAGGGUUGGCGUGCCGUUGAGAUGGCACCGUGCUUAUGAAACAUUAUCUGCAAUGCCAUGCAAACAUGCUUACUGAAGAUGGUCUAUGCCUGGCUUAAUAAGGUGAUACUGGUGCCAUGGGAAGAUAAUUCCCACUGGAUUCUAGAAGGUUCUCAUGUAGUUCAAAUGGGCUAGGGGGAGUCAAAACAGAGACUCAGGAGACCAAUUUGGCCAGUCUCUGCAUGAGCACAGGGAAUCAACUAUGACGUCUUCUGUUUUGAAAUUUAGAGACCGGGAGACUUCUGAAUAUUAUCGUGCAUGGUGGCUAAAGAAAUUUUUCUGAAAUGCUAUUUCUUAGGUGAUUAAAAUAAGAGUUAACAACCCAGAGCAGAGUGGAAAAUUCUGAAACAACUGUUGUAGCAAAA